AUGGUGUUCUGGAAGAAGAGGUCUAUAUGCGUCAGCCUCCUGGAUAUAAGGAGCCCACUCAUAGGAAUUAUAUUUGCAAACCGCAGAAAGCUCUAUAUGGUCUCAAACAAGCACCCCGGGCAUGGUAUUCUCAUCUUAGUACUACAGGCUAUUGGUUUUUCUGCAUCCAAAGCUGAUGCUUCUCUGUUCUUCUGCAACAAAGGGGGAGUAACUAUAUUUAUUCUCAUUUAUGUUGAUGACAUUGUUGUUGGUAGUUCGUCAGAGAAGGCUAUUGAUGCUUUGCUUCAUGAUCUUGGUCUUGACUUUGCUCUCAAGGAUCUGGGUGACUUGCAUUAUUUUCUUGGGAUUGAGGUAAAGAAGGUACAUGAUGGUAUCAUACUCUCUCAGGAAAAAUAUGCCAAUGAUCCGCUGAAACGGGUAAAUAUGGCAAUAUGCAAGCCUGUUGAUAUUCCUCUUUCGGUUUCUGAAAAACUGUCAGUAGUUGAUGGUGAGCUCUUAAGUAGUGAGGAUUCUACUCGCUAUAGGAGUAUUGUUGGAGCAUUGCAGUAUAUUACUCUAACUAGGCUGGAUAUUUCAUUCUCUGUGAAUAAGGUGUGCCAGUUCCUGCAUUCACCUACAACAGUGCAUUGGUCAGCUGUGAAGCGUAUCUUGCGUUACUUGCAAGGUACAAUCUCUCUUGGGUUAAAAUUGAGCAAGUUCUCCUCUGUUUUGGUCAGUGCAUUUUCUGAUACUGACUGGGCUGGUUGUCCGGAUGAUCGAAGAUCCACUGGUGGAUUUGCUGUAUUUUUGGAUCUAAUUUGUGUAGGAUAA